UUUCCUAUUGCCUCCAUGCAUUAGCUACCUUCAAACGUUGGAAUUUGAAGUUGAAAAUGAUAUUUUUGCCAAUUUCUCAGCUGGCAAUAGUGAAUUAUAGGAUUAAUAGGAUUAUUCGCUAACAAGAUUAACCAGCAUAAUGACAAAAGGUUACCUAGUAGAUCCAGCCAAUAUUGUAUUAUUUAUUUCUGCUGUUGCUACGGUGUAUUAUCUUACGUAUGGCAUAUGGAGAUGUUAUCCUACUUCUUGGAAUGAGCGAAUGUCAAACAUAAGCUAUGGGGAGUGGAAUAAAAACAAAGUUUUCUCAGAAAUUCAUGACUUCUAUGGAAAUAGCAGUUUAACAUCAGAAGUUACAAUAGUCACAGCUUAUUUCAACAUUGGAUCCUUCCCCAAAGGUGGUGGUGAAUAUACACCAGGUUUAUAUGCACACUGGAUGAGCGUCUUUGGACGUCUUGACAACCCUUUGAUAAUGUUUACCGAUUCCGAGGAUGUCCUUGAAAUUUUCAAAAGGCUACGCGCCAAAUUUCCAGCCGAACGGACAAAGUUAUUUUUGAUAGCUAGAGAUAAAUUAUGGGCCUUUUCUUUAGCUUCAACAAUAAAAUCAAUAUAUUCCCAACCAAAUUACCCCCAGUUUAAACCGAAUACCAUAAACGAAAAAUAUUCUUGCAUAAUGCACGCUAAAUUUGAACUAAUGAAUAAAGUUAUUCGAGAGAAACUAAUGAAUACGCGGUACGUCAGUUGGUUAGAUAUUGGGCUUUUUCGAGCUGUGGUGUAUGAAACGCAUAUAUUUCGAAUAGACUUACCGAAAGACUUUGACCAUACUAAAAUUGGGUAUAGUGGAGUGAAAGAAUUCGAUGUAUCUCUGACAACCCACGACGUUGUUAGUAACAAUCUUGUGUGGGUAGGGGGCGCCAUGUUUAUUGGCACACCGGACAUUAUGUACAUCUUCACAGAAGAUUAUAUAAGGAGUGUGACUAAGAUGAUCGAGAUGAAGAUAAUGAGUACAGAUCAACAAGUUCUAUACAGCAUGUACCUGCCCAGUUUUCCAAUUAAACCACGAAUAGAAAUUCAACUGUUUACUUCCCACAGUGGUGAUGAUUGGUUUUACAUUGGCUAUAUAAUAAAAGACAUGCAUGACAAAAAAAGGCGCGAAAGCCGUGACCUAUCAUUUUACAAUGUCCAUUAUGUUUAACUGUGUGUGGGGGUGUGUGGGUGUGGGUGGUUGUGUUUGUGUGAGAGAGAGAGUUUAACGUCUACUCGACACAAUCUAGGUCUUUAUGGACUAUAAAGUGCAAUCAGGCUCCAGCUCUAAAAUACAAAACAGGUGCUUUUUAUUUUUAAACAAUUAUAUGCAGAUUAUCUGAUUUGUAACCCUCGUGAUGGUGACAGUAGUUCUUGUCUGUGUGUGUGCUUCAUAUAAUAUUAUAUAAUUAAUGCCGUCAAGAUUUUUAUUCAAAUUAACCAUAGACACUUCGAUGGGCAGAGAUUCUGACAUGGAUGGAACGAAAAACCGAAGUCCCGUGUACACUUGCUCUUUGUCACCCCUGUUGACCCAAAAUGCCUACUUUUGGGUCGGAUAUACCCACUUGUGAGUCCCAGGCUUAUCUCAUCAUUAUAGAAAUAUUGAAACAAUGUUAUGCGCUGUCACGCGGGGCCCCCAGAUACCCGUGACCAAUGGCCUACAAUGCCUAUUGGUAAAUUCGGCCCCGCACCCUUGUCCAUCCGUCAAACAUAUUGUAAACGCUCUACUAGUCAAGUUUUGAGAUUUUUUUCAAAACUUGUUGGAAUUAUUCAUCCAGUCCAAAGGAGUUCUGCCUUUAAUAUCGAAACCUUAAAGUGACUCUUUACAGGCUCGUGUUUUUGAGACUUUCGUUCAAACUUGAGACGUAUCCUUAUCGAAAUUCGCAUUUGCACAGCGAUUUUUCUUAAAGUUACUGCCCCUGUCACCAAAACCUUGUAAACCCUCAAGAUGUCAGAGAUUGUUUAGAUUUUUAUUUUCAAACUUAGAAUCAUAGGAAAAUUAAGACUCGCUAAUCAAUUUUAUGCAUAGUUAUUGCCCAUGACCCGGAAAACAUGAACGUCACCCUUGGCGAAGCUAUUGGUGGGUAAAUAUUUGUUGUCUGAGAAAGCUAUGUUUUACAUUUCAGUUAUAUUCUAUUCCUCACUUUUGAUAUGCCUUAUUUAUAAAGAAUCCGGAGUGUACUUUCAAUGGCUAUAUAUAUUACACAAGGUACAAUUUUAUGGAUACACAAUUUCUGAGUUUAAUACUGAACGUUUUGACAAGGAUACUCUUGUCUACAUCAAGCAAAUGAUGAAGACGAGAAUGUCCUCGUGGAAACAUCACUUUGUAAACUCAGUUGGGUAUCCAUAAAAUUGUACCUUUUGUUAAUAUGGUCAAUUACUAAAUGCCUAUCAAAGAGGAUAUAUAUUUGUAAGGUGCCUUGCCGUUGUAUGAUUCCCCCUCCUAGAAUAUUAAUUAAUAUUCCGCUGGAUCUAAUUCUGAACUAUUCCGUCUAUGCAUAAUAUGCCGUUCCAAUAAUUAUAUGAAAGUAUUACCAAGCUCUAGGUUGUUAUAGAAAUACGGACAUUUAAAAUACAUUUUUAUAGGGAUUUAUAUAUUAUAAUUAUUAUAUGUAAUAUUAUUAUUGUUGUUAUACCAAUGUUAUUAUCUCCUAUGUUUUCAAUUAUUAAAUCUGCUUUUAAUAGAUUGGUUUCCAUUAUAGUUAUACUUAACUAAUCUUGAUUUUUUUUUUUUUUUUUCAAAUUUUGUAAUCUAAUUGUAUACCCUCAUUCUGAAUAAUAUCAACCUCGUCGUUCAUCCGUAUUUUGUUGACAAGCAAACAUUAUCACGGUUUUGAUCAAAUUGGAUAUAGAGAGAGAGAGAGAAAUGGGGUUUAAAGUCCACUCGACACAAACUAGGUCAUUUCGGGACUAACAUAUGGUUUUAAUUUUAUUUCAAUAAUUCGCUUGCGCGUAGGGGUCUUUAGCAGUGGGAGGAAACCGAAGGACCCGGAGAAAACCCACGAGGUUGGACAGGCGACCCUACUCCUUGUCACGUACAACCGGGGAUUCGAAACCACUCCAGUUGACUCAAUGACAGGUUUUAUGAUACAGCGCGCACGUGCUAACCAUUCGGCCAUCCAACCCCCCCAAAUUGGAUAUAACUCGCUUGCUUAUUAAAGAGGCAUUAUGUAAGAUUUAGGUAUUUAAAAAAUAGAUAAUGCAAAAUGAAUAUAUCUAAAUUUUCGUUCAACUUACUUUAUUUUAAACGAAUUUAUCAAUGGUUGUAGUUUUGACCAAUCUGAUUAAAAUACAGAUCUAUACAUGGCGAUCUGACAAGUUGUACUCGAAGGUCGUGUCAGAGGUCGUACAAGCGGCUUUUGGCCCUAUGACAUCAGACAUUGAUUAAUCAGUCAGCGUUGACAUACUUGUGGUUUACCCACAGUGCCUUGCAUGGCACGCCAAGAAGUUGCCGUGACAGACCGUUUUAUUGGCUUAUCCCUAACUUCAACCAAAACGCCGGUAAUAUAACAACUCUUCCAGAUCCUAGUGUAGUAAAGACAAGUAAAACGAAAUUUGGAACUAUAAAAAACGAAACGAAAUAGGGUCUGUGUAUUAAUCAGAUUGAGUUUUGACAAGAUAUGUGGUUCUUCGAGUCUUAGCCUCGCGUCUCCAUUUUUACAUUAAAUCAUUAAAUGGCCGAACCGUUUAAUCUACUUAAAAUUGGAACCAUCCGAUGACAUCGAGGGUUGAUUAUGGGCUUGUCAUGUUAAUAGAUGUCUAAUUAAUAAUUUAGAUAAUAUUUAAGGCAUAAAGAGAAACCUGCAAUAGGAAGAUUUAGCUCUUGCAUAAUGCCUGUUUAGUAGUGUUAUAUCAUACAGAUGUGCCUAAUGUAAUAUUUAAGAAUUUCGAUGAGUCUUCUAUUGUUACUGAAACGCCAUGACACUGUGCGUAAUGUAAUAUUUAAUGUUGACGAAUAUUUAUAGAGUUAAUGCCUUUGCUCCUUUCACAGUUUUUUGUUUUAUAUCAUACAGAUGUGCCUAAUGUAAUAUUUAAGAAUUUCGAUGAGUCUUCUAUUGUUACUGAAACGCCAUGACACUGUGCCUAAUGUAAUAUUUAAUGUUGACGAAUAUUUAUAGAGUUAAAGCAUUUGCUCCUUUCACAGUUUUUUGUUUGGUCAUAAAGAUGCGAUUAGAAUUUCGAUGAAUAGUUUAACAUAUUUAACAAUAUGCAGUAUGUGUACUUGGUACAAUACAAACUAUAAUUAUGUGACAACCUGUUAAAGCCUCCAUCACAUAUGUUGUGUCUAAUGAAAUAAAUAUUAAUAUGUGUAUUUGCAUUGCAUGUAGGUGUUUAUUUGGCGAAUGCUUGAUGAAGUUCGAAGAUUACAGAGAUAAGCAAUUUGAUUAGUUGAAGCUUUGGGACACGAUAAUUUUCAUUCUGAUCAAGCGAGGGAGAUGAAACCUGGUACCUUGACUAAGUUGGAUAAUGGUCAUUUUCUGCUAGUCGUAAGCAGAGCGAUAAGCAAUUUAAAUAAUUGGUCAAGACUUAAGAGCUCGGUUGACUAGUUCGAUGAUGAGAGUUUUUUGCUUAGGCUAAGUAGCGAUAAGCAAUUUGAUUGGUCAAGACUUUGGAGCAUCACAACUCUGAAUUCAAUGAUUAACAUUUCCGCUAAAGCUAAGCAGAGCUAAGCAAUUUAAUUGGUUGAUGCUUUGGGACAAGAUAACUUAGUACAGAGUUUCACUACCAGGUACUUUAGAACCUUGACUGAAUUCGAUGGUGAAUGCUUUCUGCUUAGAUUUAGUAUAGAUAACAAGUUUGAUUGCUCGAUACUUUUUUCAGAAGGAUACAUGUGUAAUUAAUCAGUAUGUAUCAUCUAUUUAUUUUGGUAUUGCGUAGGGUGACAUCAGCCUCGCUGCUGGCUUGUUAAAAGCUAUACACGGUUUUAAAGUCAUGGUUUAACUUAGUGACACAAUUUAUAUUAAGCAGCAAGUAUGUGCUUUUAAAAAAGACUAAUUUAGUGUUGUACAAUUGGGAUCUUAAGUAUUCUCAAGUAAUUCGCAUUUGGUUGUUUAAACAAAAUAACAGAUUAAAGUUGUAGGAAUGCUUUCAAUGAAAUGUUUCAGGAUAUUGUCGAUGAUUCCAAUAAUUUAUGUUUCUUAAAAUAAACACUUAUUUUGUGAUUUUGCUAUUAUUUUUAUUAUUAUUAUUAUUAUUAUUAUUGAUGUUAUUAUUAUUACUAUUAUUAUGUUCAAUGUAAGUAAGUUAUAACAAAGCUUACAAGGUUAUAUUAAAGUUGAUAAUAUUUUC